AUGUUUGGAAGAAACUUCCCAUUCUUUAACUCCAUCGGCGGGUUCUAUCCACGUGAAAGUCUAGACUCGAAGAGACCUUCGGGAACUGGGUAUACCAGCAAAGUACGGGUCCGUGACAAGUAUCACAUCGUUGGCUUCAUCAGCAGUGGUACAUAUGGUCGCGUCUACAAAGCCAUCGGAAAGGAUGGCCGGAAAGGCGAAUAUGCGAUCAAGAAAUUCAAACCCGACAAAGAGGGUGAAAUCAUCCAGUAUACAGGUCUCUCGCAGUCGGCAAUCCGAGAGAUGGCUUUGUGCUCUGAAUUAGACCACCCCAACGUAGUGCAAUUGGCAGAGAUCAUCUUGGAAGACAAGUGUAUCUUCAUGGUAUUCGAGUACACCGAGCAUGAUCUGCUUCAGAUCAUCCAUCACCACACUCAGCCGCAGAGACAUGCCAUUCCCGCACCGAUGAUCAAGUCGAUACUGUUUCAGCUCCUGAAUGGCCUCCUGUACCUUCAUACGAAUUGGGUUUUGCAUCGAGAUUUGAAGCCGGCAAACAUUCUAGUGACUUCGAGCGGUGCGGUCCGCAUUGGAGACCUGGGCCUCGCCCGUCUAUUUUACAAACCGCUCAACUCUCUUUAUUCCGGAGACAAGGUUGUCGUCACGAUCUGGUAUCGUGCUCCCGAGCUAUUAAUGGGCAGCCGGCACUACACGCCGGCCGUGGAUCUUUGGGCAGUUGGAUGCAUAUUCGCGGAACUGCUCUCUCUCCGACCCAUCUUCAAAGGAGAAGAAGCUAAGAUGGACAGCAAAAAGACAGUACCAUUCCAGCGUAACCAGAUGAUGAAGAUUAUCGACAUCAUGGGCUUGCCCAGGAAGGAAACAUGGCCCGGCCUCGUAUCGAUGCCCGAAUUCUCCCAACUUCAGUCGCUAGCGAUGUCGAGAGGUUACCUCAACAGACAGUGCAACCUGGAAGGAUGGUACCAAAGCUGUCUGAAGAAUAAUGGGUAUUCCCCAGCGUCUACUGCAGGCACGCCGGGUGCCGAAGGCUUCGACUUACUAUCGCGGCUGCUCGAAUACGACCCUACCAAGAGGAUAUCAGCCCGGGAAGCGUUAGAGCAUCCGUAUUUCACCACAGGUACGCCAGUCACGGCUAAUUGUUUCGCCGGCUACGAGGGUAAAUAUCCCCACCGCAGAGUGACUCAAGAUGACAACGAUAUCCGCUCUGGCAGUUUACCCGGCACCAAGCGGAGCGGGCUGCCAGACGAUAGUCUCAUGGGCAGGGCUGCAAAGCGGCUCAAGGAGUGA